GCUCAAGAUCGUGCUCACCGUAUCGGCCAGACAAAGGCUGUCCGAAUCCUCCGUUUCAUCACAGAGAAGAGUGUUGAAGAAGCUAUGUAUGCUUGUGCGCGGUACAAGCUCGAUAUGGACGACAAGGUCAUCCAAGCUGGUCGUUUUGACAACAAAUCAAUGCAGGAAGAGCAGGGAGAAUUCCUGGUAGGUGUUGCAGCAGCUCUCUCACAUAACGAAUAG